AACUAUCGUUUUACCUUCAAACCAUAGAAAAACCCGACGUCAAACGGUGAGGUAGUGCACUUAGGCUACUUAACACUUUUUUAUUUGAGUUAUAAUCAAUACGGGCUCCGACACAGAUGGAAUGCUUCGCCAGCCAUCCGUAACCAAAGAUGCGUCAAUACUAGAUGUUGACAUGAAUACGGUUGACAGAAACACGUUAUAAAUAAAUGAUAAUAACACGUAUGACAAGCCAUCCGUGACCUUGUUGUAUUUACCCCGAAAGGACGCAGUUGACAUGACAUUACCUUGUUUUUCUUAAAAUCUGUCUUGUGUAAGGCAUGGCUUCCACAUUUGAUUAUGCAAUAAGAAUGUGCAUUUUAGCAAUGGCGCUGCUGAUUUUUUUUCAAGCUAGAUUUUACUUCACCAUGCAGAAACAAAGCAAACGAAUAUCUACAGAUAUUUCACUCAUACGGAAUUACAGUGGUAGAAUUCAAGAGCAAUUGGCAAAAGUGUACAAUUUCAAAAAUGUGUCGGCUGUUACGAUGGUGAUUCCGAAAGGUAAUGGGACUGAAACGCUACCAAAAUGUCCGGAAACUCCACCAAACCUCGUUGGUCCCUUAAAAACGUAUCAAAACCCUCCGUCUUUGGAGAAAAUGGAGUUGGAACUGGACUAUUUGAAUCCAGGGGGACAUUAUGUACCUUUAGAGUGCCGAACUAACCAGAGAGUUGCUAUCGUCAUACCCUACCGGAACAGACCCAUCCAUUUACGGACAGUUCUUUAUAAUCUUCAUCACAUGUUGCCAAGACAACAGUUGGACUACGGAAUAUUCGUAAUCGAACAGGCUGGGGACAACACAUUCAACAGAGGACUUCUAAUGAACAUAGGUUUUGUCGAGGCAUUACACUCUUAUAACUUCACGUGCUUUGUGUUCCAUGAUGUUGAUCUGAUCCCUGAAGAUGACCGAAUAUACUAUGGCUGUGGUACAGGUCCACGCCACCUAUCGGCGGCUAUCGACAAAUUCAGCUAUAGGCUUCCGUAUCCAUCUAUUGCUGGCGGCGUUACUCAAUUACGACGGACUGAUUUUGAAAAAAUAAAUGGUUUCUCAAACUUGUUCUUUGGAUGGGGAGGGGAAGAUGAUGAUCUCUCAACCAGGAUGAGAGCAGCCUCUUUGAAGAUGCAGCGAUACAGUAUGACGAUUUCCCGUUACAAAAUGAUAAAACAUCAACAAGAAAAGAGCAACCCGACCCAAUCCUAACAGGAUGAAAUUAUUAAGCAACUCCGGCAGCAGAAUGACUACAGACGGAAUUAAUAGCCUGAAAUAUCACGUGUUAAGCAAACGCGAGACAAAACUCUAUACCAAUGUCAAAGUCGAGGUUAAUCAAACAGAGUACGGACUCUAAAUAUAAACAGAGGAAACUUCUAUACAAAUGUCAAAGCUGAGGUGAAUCAAACAGUAUAACACAGACAGAGCGUUACUAUAUUUGAAAUCAAAACAUGAUGGUGUACAUUUAAAAGAAAAAUAAUCUUGAUAGUAAUGUAAUAUAUGAGAUAUGCACAUUUGUGAUAUACCAUGCGGUAGGUGAGACGGUCUUAGACUCAGUGUAAUGUCGUGUUAUAGACUUGAUAAUUAAAGAUUUUUUUUUUUUAUAUAUCAAAAAAAAAAAAAAA